AUGGAUGAAAAAAAGAAAUUGAAAAAGUCUAGAGCUGUCAUUCGUACAGCAGUAACUAAACUUAUAAAUAAAUUAGAAAGCGAAUUUGAUGAGCAAUCUGUUGAUAGCUUAAGAGGGCAUUUAGAAUAUUUGAAUGAGAUGUUAAAACAAUUAAGAGAAUUAGAUAGUAAGAUUCAAGAAAUUAUUUCAGAAGAAAACGAAUUUGAUACGGAAAUAGAAGCUGCUUUUCAAUACAAUGAAAAGAUUACUUUAUUAUGUUCUAGAAUUUCAAUACAAAUUAAUAAACUCUCUAAAGUUGAUUCUAGUAUUUCAUCACAGUUUAACCCAAAUUUGGCAUUGAGUACACAGAAUGGUUCGUUACAUAAUUCGGUUAUUGAAUCUGCUGUUAAUUCUAAUAGAACUGUCAAUUCUGUUCGUCUACCUAAAUUGAGUAUCGAUAAAUAUUUCGGGGACCCAUGUUUAUGGUUAGAAUUUUGGAAUAAAUUCCAAAACUCGAUUGAUCAAAACGAAAGCUUAACAAAAAUAGAUAAAUUUACGUAUCUAAAAUCCUUACUAGGAGGAUCUGCCGGUAAUGUGGUGAAUGGCUUCGCAUUAUCCGACGAAAAUUAUGAUAAAGCUUUAAUGUUAUUAAAAGAAAGAUUUGGGAGAGAUGAGCUCGCUAUUAAUGCUCAUAUGUCAAAACUGUUGAUUCUUUAUCCUGUAAAGGAUUCAAAAUGUCGAGAAUCAUCUAUUUUGCUAAGUGGCUGGAAAGGUGAAAGAAAAAAACCCGUCACUCAUAACGUAGAUUUUAAAAAUCCUAAAUACAAUCAAAAUAAUUCAUGCGAUAGAAAAAACUUUACAAAUGACAGGCAAUAUAAUAGAAGUCGCAUUCCGUGGAAUAAUAAUUCGUCAAAAACUCAUGAAUAUUUAGCACCAGUUGUUGAGAAAAAAUGUGUAUAUUGCAAUGAUAAACAUAUUUCGGAACUUUGUGAUGGUUUAACAGUUGAUGAAAAAAAGGAUAUUUUAAGAAAACAAGGUCGUUGUUUCUUAUGUCUAGAACAAAAUCAUCGAAUUAAAGACUGUAGGAAAAAGGAUAUGUGCGAAAAUUGUAACAAGAAACAUAACCGAUCGCUCUGUUAUCAACUGGAAAACAAAACUAUUAAUGCAGAGAAUAAAAUUGUAUCCGCAGUUUCCCAUUGCAAUUAUAAUAUAAAAAAUAAAGAACCGGAAGUUCGAGUAAACGCUCAGUGUUCCGUAUUAUUGCAAACAUGUACUGCCUGUAUUCGCUCUCCAUUUGAUGAUGAUAGAUUUGAAACAGUUCGCAUUUUGCUAGACAAUGGUAGCAUGAGAAGUUUCGUUUCAAGAGAAAUUUCUCAACAACUUAAACUUCCUGUUAUUAGAAAGGAAACUCUAUCGGUAUAUGGUUUCGGUGCUAAAGAAACAACUGAACGAACAUAUAAUGUUGUUAAAAUUAAAUUAGUGAAUCGCGACGAACCGACUUUAAAUAUUGAAAUUGAAGCAUUAGAAACUGAACAAAUAACUGCAACUAAUUUACCUGCUCCUAAUGAAAAUAUUCCGAACUUAAAUAAACAAUUAAAAGGAUUACAGCUUGCUCAUUGCUAUGAAUUUAGAAAUAACAAAAUUGUGCUUUUAGUGGGUGCUGAUUACUAUUAUGAUAUAGUUACUAGUAGAAUAAAAAGGUUAAAUGAUAAGCUUGUAGCCACUGAAACUUUAUUUGGUUGGUGCCUCCAAGGAAAAAUCGAUAUGACAAAUCAAAUAUUGGAAAUGAAAAUUAUAGUCGAAGAAAAAACGAUAUCGGAUGAAUUAAAAAAAUUUUGGGAAUUAGAAAACUUAGGCGUUGAGGUUGAUACCGAUGAAAACAUUUUUGACGAUACGAUUAUGAAGGAAUUUGAAUCGGGAAUUACUUUCUCUAAUAACAGAUACAACGUAAAGCUCCCGUGGAAACCUGGUAUGAAGGAACAGUUACACGAUAAUCGUGAAGUUGCUCAAAAACGGUUUUUAGGGUUAAAAACGAAAUUCCUUAAUGACCCCUUGCUUUUCACUGAAUACAAAACUGUUCUGGAUGAGUAUCUAAAGGAGAACAUUAUUGAACAAGUUACGUGUGGGUUGAAUAAAAAGACGAACGAACCAACAUUUUAUUUGCCUCAUAGAGCAGUGAUCCGUAAGGAUAAGACGACAAGUAGAUUACGCAUUGUUUUUGAUGCGUCUUCCCAUAGUAAAGGAGAACUAUCCUUGAACGAUUGUUUACAUAUUGGAUUAAAUUUAAACCCUGAUAUUUUUCUUCUUCUGAUUAGAUUUAGAGAAAAUCCUAUAGCAUUUACAGCUGACAUAAAGCAGGCAUUCCUCCAGAUAGAAAUUAAUGAAGAGGAUCGGAAUGCGACCAGAUUUUUUUGGCAGCAGGAACCAGAUAGCUCUGAAGGAGACAAUUUGAUAAUAUAUAGAAUGACCCGUGUUUUAUUCGGGGUAAGUUCAAGUCCAUUCCUUCUCGCUGCAACAAUCAAGCAUCACUUGAAAAGGUAUGUUGAUAAUUUUCCUGAUACUUGUGCAAUUUUAAAUAAUUCUUUAUAUGUCGAUGAUUUAAUUAGUGGUCGGAAAAAUGUAGAAGAGGCUUUAAAAACGAGCUUAGAAAGUUUUAAGAUUUUUAAGGAUGCAAGUAUGAUUUUAAGAAAGUGGCAGACUAAUUCAUUCGAAUUACGUGAUCGAUGGAAAGAUAUUGGAAUGGACAUUGGUCCAUCCACUGAACCUAAAAACGAGGCUUUCAUUCCUUCUAAAGUACUAGGAGUUGUAUGGAACCCCGACCAGGAUUUAUUUCAUUUCGAUGCUAAAAGUUUAAUACAAUUUCUCUCGAAACGAAUGAACACUAAAAGAUUUCUGUUGCAAGCUGCAGGUCGUAUUUUUGACCCUGUAGGGUUUCUUGGGCCAUUUAUAAUUAGAUUAAAGAUUUUAAUCCAAGAACUGUGGUGCUUGGGUUUGGACUGGGACGAGCGUUUCCCAAUGAAAUUAGACACUGAUUGGAAUGAAUGGUGUGAGGAAGUUCUAGAACUGAAUACUUUCAAUAUACCCCGUUACUAUUUUGGAGAUACUCAUUCCACUGAAAUAGAUAACAUUCAAAUGCACUGUUUUUCAGAUGCCUCUAAGAAGGCUUAUGGAGUGGUUGUGUAUUUUCGAGUAACAUUAAAGGGCGGAAAGAGUUUUACUAAUUUUGUAGCAUCAAAGUGCAGAGUGGCUCCAUUAAAAACAAUUUCAAUACCUAGACUUGAGUUAAUGAGUGCUCUCUUGGCAGCUAGAUUGAGUAAUAAAAUCUCCAAAGCUAUAAAGUAUCCAUUAACUCAUUACUUCUGGACCGAUUCAUCUAUCACUUAUUUUUGGAUUAAAGGCGCUCCUAGUAGAUUUAAACCAUUUGUGAAAAAUAGAAUUCAAGAGAUCCAAAGAUUUACUGAUCCAAAAGAUUGGCGUCAUUGUCCUGGAAAGGAUAAUCCUGCCGAUUUAAUAUCAAGAGGUAUGUCGGCAGCCGAACUUCGUGAUAGUGAUUUUUGGUGGCAUGGUCCUGAUUGGUUAGCACAGAAUGAACACUCUUGGCCUAAAUCUUUGGAACUGUCAAAACAGUUAAAUAUUGAAAACGUAGAAAAUUACGAGCUUUGCAAAGGAGCUAUUUUAACUUCAACAAUUGUAGAGUGCCCUUCAGAGAACGAUUUAAUUAUAAAAUAUUCUUCAUUUGACAAAUUAGUUAGAAUCACUGCAUGGUGUUUAAGAUUUAUUAAUAACUGUAAAAUUAAUAUUUCUAAUAGAAAGCAAGAUUAUUUAAGUGCUAUCGAAAUACAAAAUGCUACAAAAAUGUUAGUAAAGUAUGUACAACGAUUUGAAUUUAAAUCAGAAAUAAAGUGUUUACAAUUAAAGCAUCCAAUUCCGAAGAAUAGUAAAAUUUUAUCCCUAAAUCCAUUUCUUGACAAAGAUGAGCUGCUACGAGUUGGGGGAAGAUUAAAAUUUUCAAAUCUGUCAGAUAACCAGAAGCAUCAAUUGCUUUUACCCAAGUCGCACCAUUUCACAGAUUUGAUUAUAGAACAUUUUCACAAAAUAUCUCUACAUUCAGGCACGCAGACGACACUUUUUCUUAUUCGCCAAUCAUACUGGAUACCUUCGGGACAAGAUCGAGUCAGACGUGUGAUAAAUAGAUGCUUGACUUGUUUUAAAGCUAGAAGUCAAACUAUUAACCAAAUGAUGGGCGACCUGCCCAGGGACCGAGUUAUCCCAUCUCGACCAUUUGAAAAGGUGGGACUCGAUUUUGCUGGUCCCAUAAUUACUAAACCUAAUCUUAAAAGAUCUAGAGUGACUUUAAAAUCAUACAUUGCUAUUUUCAUAUGUUUCAGUACCAGAGCUACCCAUUUUGAAGUAGUGUCUGAUUUGACUACUGAGAGUUUUUUAGCUUGUCUUAGGAGAUUCAUUGCUAGACGGUCAAAACCAUCGAUCAUAUGGAGUGAUAAUGCCACUAAUUCUAAGGGCGCAAAAAAUAUUUUGGAUUCCCUGCUAAAAGCAUGCAAAUCGGAUGCCGUGCAAAGAUUUUGUUCCAAGGAAGGUAUAGUGUGGAACUUCAUACCUCCAGCAUCUCCUCACUUCGGUGGAUUAUGGGAGGCCAAUAUUGGAGCUAUGAAACGGAUCUUGUUGAAGGUGACUAAAUCAACAGUGUUGACUUUUGAAGAGCUUAAUACACUGGUGACUCAGAUUGAAGCAGUUUUAAAUUCAAGACCACUGUGUCCUCUUUCUGCCGAUCCAGCUGAUCUUCAACCUUUGACACCUGGUCAUUUUUUGGUGGGAGCACCACUAUUGUCAAUACCAGAAGCCAGUGAUUCCUUGACUAACAUUUCUUUAUCUUCUAGAUGGUCUCUCAUCCAGUCUCUUAGAUCCAAAUUCUGGAAAAGAUGGAGCCAAGAAUAUCUCAACUCCUUGCAGUCUCGAGCUAAAUGGAAACUACCUCAACUGAACAUCAAACCCGGACAGCUGGUACUCCUGAAGGAUAAUAGCAAGAGCCCCAUGGAAUGGAAUUUGGCCCGAAUUGAAAGGACAUAUCCUGGAACAGAUGGACUAGUCCGUGUCGCAGACAUCAGAACCCCUAAAGGAAUUUUUCGGCGAAGUAUCAACAGACUCUGUCCACUCCCUUUCGAAGAAGGUGUUGGACAACUGUCCAACGGGGGCCGGGAUGUUCCAUCCUAG